AUUGGCUAUAAAGCAUGACACCAGUCUGCUGUAGUUGUUUAGAUCAAAUCAUCUAGAUCUAGUCUAGAGUUUAGAUGUAGAUUUAGACAGACUAAUUUUCUACUAAUCUACCUACUUUGAUGUAGAGAUGACAUCUUUGUGAUGGUAGCCUAGAAACAGAAAAUAUAAUCUAGACUGGACCUAGCCGAUUCUAGGCAUUCUAGCCCUUAUUUAAUAGUACUUAAUUCCUUAAUUUGGAGAGCCGAACUAAUCUAUAUUAAACUCUUCAUAGUUCAUACCUAAGCAAGGCUAAGCCAGAACUAGAUCAUGGCAUCUCAAACUUUAAAUCCUAUUUUUGUGACUAGAUGUUGCAUUUCACUAAUAAAGAAGCAAAUACCAUUGCUGUUUGCCGUUCGUCAAGAGAGCAGCUUACCUCCCCUGAAAACAGUCCAACUGAAUGAGAACAUGCAACUUAAGACUAUACAAGAGAUGUCUAGCCAACCCAGGCCUCUGGUACUUUUGUAUGGUUGGAUGCUUGCAAAGCAGCGCCACCUUGAUAAGUACGGCAACAUGUACCACAGUAAAGGCUUUGAUGUGCUGAGCUUAAAAAUGAGGCCAACACAAGUACUGAUACCCUCCAGAGCACAAAAGACAACAGAGCAGCUUCUUUCUAUUCUUCAGGAUGAACAUCUGAAAGACAAGCCCCUCAUGGUCCACGGCUUUUCUGUUGGAGGCUACAUGUAUGGAGAGCUUUUAGUUAAGCUAAACCAGGACUUAGAAAAAUACAGGAGCAUCCGAAGUCGAUUGGUCGGUCAGAUAUUUGACAGCCCUGUGGACUAUGAAGGGGUGCCUUCAGGAUUUGCAAGGAUUCUACUUAAAAACAGAGUGGGACAGAAAUUGUUGCAGUUUUCACUGGAGUCCUACCUGUCACUUUUUAAAGAUUCUGUGACGCGUCAUUACAUAAAGUCUUCGAAUGCUUUUCAUAAAAAUGAACUUCGCAUUCCGUCACUGCUCUUGUAUUCUAGAGCAGAUCCUAUUGGAGUGGAUACUAAGAUAGAACUGGUUAUGAAAAAAUGGAGAGCCAACAACAUCCCGGUGAUGGCCAGGUGUUGGGAGAGUUCCCCGCACGUGAGCCACUUCCACCGGCAUCCCGACGAAUAUGUGGAGGCUGUCCUGAAGUUCAUCAGCAGUAUUGGGCUGAGCAAGCCUGACAGCGAAGUGUCCAAGAGAAAACUUGAGACUAAGAAACACAAGGAGAUUCAACAAGCCAUUUAAGUGCGGACUGGUUUUCAUCAAGUUUAAAGCGGGUAUCUCGGAGAAAUUUUGUGCCAACCAGAACAUCUGAAGAGACAAGUGAAAGAAAAACACAGUGUAAUGUUUAAUUUAUUUGUAAAUAAAAUGGUAACACUACAAUGUUGAUGAAGAUCUUGACAUAAAUAACUUUUUAAACUGGUCAAUGGUUCACUUCACAAAGUUGUAAAACCAGACAUAUCUUAAUAUAUCUAAAAAAAAAUGGUGAGGAGUAAGUAUUUUAUUCAACGAUUUGUUAUACAUUUAAUUUUUUUUUAAAUGGAAAAACAAAAUAAAGCAGUGAUUAAGUCUAGACAAUGAGUUUUUCACAGUUGACUAUGUUUCAUUUUUGAGAGAUUUAUAAUUUUCCUGUUGACUUUUUCUUUACAAUGCUAGUCUUUUAUUUGGGUUUUUGGUUUACUUUAUAACUUUGAAGCAUUACAAACAUUUACUUUGUUUUCUUAGCUUAGCAUUUAGGGUCUAUUACCCGACUUUAAAAUGUGUUUCUUGUCUGGUGUUUUCUUGUCUAAAUAGUCAUUCAACUUAAAAUGAGUAGUUGCACUGAAAUUCUGACAUCUAAAUUCUGACAAAAGCCAUAGCAACAUACAUUGGUUUUCGAAUUGGUUAGAGCACUUUUGUUUUAUAAAGUUUCAUUAGCAUAUACAUUUAUAUAUGUUUUUGCAAAAAAUUGGUAUCAAUUUUAGCAUUGAAAAAAAUAGAAAAAAAAAAGUAAGUAAUAGUGGCUAGUCAUAUUUUAAGAGAGGAAAUUCUCUCUCCUUUAAAGUAACUUUGCUUUUCUUGAUAGAAGUGUUCAAAGUUGUAUUUAGUAGAAAGAAGGGAAUGGAAAGUGGUGCGACGACGUGCUGUUGCUCUUCAUAGUUGUCUCCCAUGUUUCUCCUUUUACAUGCUUUAUUAUGUUUCAUUCAAGAAACAGUACCAGUAGAUAUUAUUUCUUAGUCUUUACAUUGUUUCAUUUAACUAUCAAUUUUAACCUAUUGUAGAUGUACAUCUUAGAUAUUAAAAUAUUGUAUUGAUUUACUUAAUGUUAAUGAGCUGGUAGUUUUAGACACUUAGACACACUUAGACACAGGUAGACCUAAAUUGAUCCUAUUCUUUGAAAGGUCCAACUUGUCCACAUCUAAUGCAUUCAUUAUGUAAUAUUGUUGUCAUAAUUGCUUGAGCUUAUUAUUUUUGUUUUAAAUAAAAUUAUUUAUUAUUUUAGUGAUUGAAGUACAGUAGAAGCUGUUUGAGUGCACACUGCUAAACUGAAUCACACCACCUGAAAAAAAUGUCAUUAGCCUGCAAAACUAGGUUGCAAUUUAGCCGGUUCUACUGUAAGGAAUUUUCUUUUCUAUUGAACAUUGAACUAUUUAUAAAAAUGUUACGAAUCAAAACGUUAUUUUACUUUUAUUCUUAUGGAUAUUACCUUUUAUAGUAUCUGUUUCAUCCCUCAUGGUCUUUGAAAGUUUUAAAUUGAAUUCAAUGAAAUUUUUGCACUCUGGAAGAAGGCAGCUCAUGACACUCGUUUGUUCCAAUUGUUUGUUUUUCAUGCAGCAUAGGUUUUUGUUUGUUUUGUUUAGUCUAAGUGAUAUUGACCUUAACCUGAACAAUGCAGAUGGAGGUUUGAGCUAGGGCUUUUUAUCAAGUUUAUUUCAACUCACUCUGUCUGGUCAAAAUCUUGUGCACGUUGUUUCUCUCACCUCCCAAUCUUGGAUCAAGUUGAAACUUUGUUAAUUAAUUUAUUUUGUUUGUUAAAAAAUGUGCUAUGCUAACAGGAGAUAUGCCUUGGAAUAAUGAGAGAUAUUUUACAUUUCACUUGAUUCAAUCUUCAAUUAUUGCCUGCCAUGGUCAUGCAGUAUGCACGCUGGACUGUCAUUCAAACUUUUUGAUGGUCCAGGGUUCAUACUCUGCCAUCCUCCGUCGUCCAGCAGGAGUUGUUUGGACUAGGAAGUAAAUUAUCUUUAACUCUGAGGAACAUCCGAAACAUGUAAAACACUUUUACAAACAAGUCAUGCCUGUUUUUCUAACUUAGUUAUGUCCCUCAUCACUUAUAUAUAUAUUUCUUCUUCUUCUUCAUCGUUCUCAUUGUUAUGUUGGAGUGUUCAUAUGACUAGACCAAUACAUGAGAUCAGGGAGCUCUCCAUAUAGUUUUCUUUCUAUUGGGGUGAUUUGGGGUCAAUGUCUUAUACGGGCCUCUUGGUAGAGAGAGCAGUUUUGGAGGACGUGGUCGGCAUUUUCUGGUGAUACUCCACAUGGGCAGAUUUCACUGGUUCCAAUUUUGAGCUUCCGGAACAUGUGUUGUCGCAUUCUGUUGUGUCCGGUCCUGAGUCGAAAGAUUAGACGUUGGUCUUGUCGGGAAUAGCUUAUAGUAAGCAUCAUCUUUCUUGUGAUUUGGAUGGGAGCUCGUCCAUUUCUCAUUUAUUUUAUCUACAAUUAAUUUCUUCAUUUCUUCUGGAUAGAGUGCAGAGUUUACUUGUGAGUUUGUUCUCCCACUCUUGGCGAGUGUGUCAGCCUUCUCAUUUCCUGCUAGUUGUAUGUGAGCUGGUAUCCAUUGAAUAACAGUUUUUUUGCUGUUGUGGUUGAGCUUUGUGAGUGCUGUUCUGAGGUUUUUAAUAUAACGGGAAUCAGAGUUUUGCAGGCUUUGGAGGGUUGUUUUUGCGUCUGUUAGAAAGACAAUCUGACUGUGAGGGGAACUUGGAUGAUUUGCUAGCAUGGUAGCAGCUAGUGCUAGUGCUUCCCUUUCUGCUCUGUGACUGUCAGAGAGCUCUCCAGUUGCAAAGGAUUUUUCUAGUUUUCCUCCAUCUGGCCAUUCGAUAAGUAUUCCAGCUCCUCCAUUUGUGGUGGCUUUAUGGGAUGAGCCAUCCGUGUAAACUCUGAUCCACUGAUUGCUAGGGUAAUUGGUAUGUAGAAAACAGUUCACUAUUUCCUUGAGCUCUGUUGGUCUGUAAUCAGAUUUUCUUUUUAUGUUUUCAAUAUGGUCCCUUAUAGUAGGAAGAGGGCUUUCGUCCCAGGGUGGAGAUUCAUUAUAGUGUAUGGAGGAUUCCAGAGUAAUUUUUUCAAGUUGGUGUUUCUUUUUUAGGUUUAGAGAUUCCUGUAUGAAAUUGGUCCUUUUGAGACGUUUUUUUGUGCCAGUUUUGUGGAUUUUUGUUCUGAGUGGGUGCCUCUCCAAGGUUUCCAAUUUAGUGAAUUGGGAAAGGAUUUUUAUUUCUCUUCUUUCAUCCAGAGAGAUCAGGGCAGCGGUUUCCUCCAUAGCUCUUAUGGGUGUUGUUUUGAUUGCUCCUGUCAUUAUCCUUAGACCAAUAUUUUGAACCUUGUCUAUUUUUCUUAGGUUGGUUUGGGCUGCUGAGCCCCAUGCUGUGGCACCAUAUUCUAGUACAGGUCUUACAUAACUGGUAUAGGUCUUUUUCAGGAUGUUGUGAUUAGCUCCCCAAUCUGUUCCAGCUAAUUUUUUCAAGAGGGAUAGUCUCUGGAUGCCUUUACUCUGUGUUUUAUCUAUUUGGUUUUUCCAGGUUAGUCUCGGGUCAUAGGUGACUCCAAGAUAAGUAGGGCUGUCAUUUUUUUCUAAAGCUUCCUUAUCUAAUGUUAAUUUUAUUGUUUGUUGUUUUGUUGACAGUGAGAAUAUGGUAUAUGUUGUCUUUUUUGUGUUAAUGGACAUGCCCCAGUCUUUGGACCAAUUAUUGAGUUUAUCAAGAGCAUCUUGUAAUCGAAAUUUCGAUGUUCCUACAUAUUCUUCUGUGCUAAUUAAGGCAAGGUCAUCUGCAUACAUGCUGCUCUUAACUUUUUUGGGUAGGUUUUGAUUUAGAUCGUUUAUGAAUAUUAGGAAAAGUGUUGGGGAUAGGACUCCUUCUUGAGGGACACCAUUUUUUAUACCCACUGUGUGGCUUCUUUGUCCUUGCAUGCAAACUAAGGCUUUUCUAUUAUUUAGGUAUUCCUUUAUCCAGUUGUACAUUCUGUGGGAUAUGUGAUGCUGGAUUAGCUUGAGCAAGAGACCUUGUUCCCAGACUUUGUCAAAUGCUUUUUCUAAGUCAACCCACACAAUUGUUGUUGGUUUCUUUUCUUGAAAGCCGUCUUCUAUUUCUUGUGUGAUGAAGGCAAUUUGAUCUUCUGUUGAUCUGCCUUUUCUAAAGCCAGCCUGGGCUUCAGUGAGUAGGUUAUUUGACUCAAGGAUCCAUGUCAGCCUUCUAUUUAUCACUCUUUCCAUCAGUUUGCAAGUACAGCUAGUGAGGCUGAUGGGACGGUAGCUAUCCAGUUUAUUUCUUGGUUUGCUGUGCUUUAGUAUAGGGAUCAUAAUGGCUUUUUUCCAGAUGUUUGGAAUUCUGCCAGAUUUCCAGCUAGCAUUGAAUAAUUGUAGCAGUUUUCUUUUGGCUUGAGGACCCAAGUGAAGAAGCAUGUCAUUUGAUAUUUUGUCUGGGCCCGGGGCUUGUUUUGGUUUGAGGACUUUUAGGGAUUCAUCUAGUUCCUUCAUUUUAAGAUUAGUGGUCAUUCCCAAGGAGUAAGCUGGAUUGUUUUCUUUAACUCUGAGGAACAUCCGAAACAUGUAAAACACUUUUACAAACAAGUCAUGCCUGUUUUUCUAACUUAGUUAUGUCCCUCAUCACUUGUAUAUAUAUUACUACUAGCACAAUUGCACAUUUCUUUAGUGUGUACAUUUCUGUAGUGUGUACAUUUGAGAGAGUUUCUCAACACAUUUCAUAUUGGCUGUAUUUUACAUUCUGGUAUAUAAACCUUAGAUAAUACACAAUAUUAGAAAAUGAUGAAGCAAUUUUUUCAAACUUACCAAUUCUUUCUUUCUUCAAUCAUUCAUUUUCUACUUAAAAAAGAAACAGCUAUUAUAAUACUUAUGUAUUGGUGACACAGGACAAGAAGCUGAUUACAUAUCAUCAGAGUGGAGAAUGAAAACUAAAUCUUAAAUGUAGGUAUUUGUUCAUAGUAUAUAUGUAUGUGUAUUCGAUAGCUGCUCUGGGUUGGACACUUAUCCCUCAUGCCAAAGGCAAUCUUCUUUGGCAAGAUAAGAGAAGGACUGUGCAACAGAGGUGUACCCCAUAAGUGUUAUAAAGAUCAACUCGGGGGGCUAUUUCGCCCUCACUGGCAUAGAGGAAAGUAGCUGGCAGCAGAUGGCCUCUGAAAGAGACAGUUGUAGAGCUAUCACAAAGGCCGUGGUACACACUUUUGAGACCCAAAGGAAAGCCAUUAUUGAAGACAGGCGCAGAAGACGGAAGGAUAACUUAAAUAGACAGAUGGGGACAACAGCUUUGUCUGUACGAUAUGCGUAAAACUAUGCAGGUCGCAAAUGGGCUUGCAUAGUCAUGUGAAGCAUCCUUAAUUUUCAGAAUCAAAGAGAUUGCCAUUAUUAUAUAUAUUAUUAUAUAUGUUAUUAUAUAGGUUAUUAUAUAUGUUAUCAUUCCCUACAAAAGUAGUUUUCAAUAAUAAAUGCAAAACUGAUUUUUUUUCUGAUUCACCCAAGCAAGAAUGUACCCAUGUGAAAUUUGUCAUUGAAAACCUUAAGACUAGUCUGUCAACUUUUGACUUUAAAACUCUGAUGAGUUAAUUUUCAUCUGUGUUCAGAAAGCAGAAUUCUUUUAUUACAUGUUAUACAAAAUCUUAGAUAAUAAUUUUUAUAUAGAACAAAAUAAAAAAAAACUUGUGAUUUUGCUUUGUCCAUGUCAUUUGUUGACCAUCUAAUCCUACAAUUUUCUUGACCACCUAGACCAGCGGUUCUCAACCUUUUAAGCUCGGCGACCCCUUUUUUACAAUCUCCCACUCUGGCGCGACCCUAUCCCCCCACACAUACAUGAAAUUCAAAUUAAAACGAAGCAAAGUAAAGUAUGUAUUACAAUAGAAGAGUAGGCAAUAACAAUGCAUAUUUUCGAUGGUCUUAGGCGACCCCUGGCAAAUCGUUAAUCGACCCUUAAGGGGGUCACGACCCACAGAUUGAGAACCCCCUGACCUAGACAUACACAUUUGUUAUCUACACAUAUGAAUUCAUUGUCCAUCUAUCUCAUUAGAUUUUUUAAAAAAUUUCUUUUUUGACUAUCUGUUCAAAGUGGGACCUGCCGUUAUAGAGGGCUUGAACACUGACCUGCGAUGUCACAACCUGUGGGCAGCUUGGACCAAUAUCGCUCACAGGUUGCAACAUUGCAGGUUAGUGUUGAGGCUUUCUAAAAUGAUUGGUCUCGUUCAGUCGCUGGCUAGUGAUCACAAUUCCACUUAGCUGUCUUUGACUUUCUUAGUUCGCUUAUUGUUCAUUUGGUUUUACUUCGACAUUAAAUUAAGUUUGAACAUUUGUUCAUGAUUUUAAGGUAAUGUUUAUAUCUAAUUUUUUUUUUUUUUUUUCUAAAUAAGAAACUGUCUGAACAUCAAAUUGUUAAGUUUGAACAUUUGUUCAUGAUUUUAAGGUAAUGUUUAUAUAAAUGUUUUAAAUUUUUUUUAAAAUAAGAAACUGUCUGAACAUUAAAUUGUUAAGUUUGAACAUUAGUUUAUGAUUUUAAGGUAAUGUUUAUAUCUAAUUUUUUUUUUAAUAAGAUACUUUCGGAACAUUAAAUCAUUAAGUUUGAACAUUAGUUUAUGAUUUUAAGGUAAUGUUUAUAUCUAACUUAUUUUUUCAUAAGAUACUUUCGGAACAUUAAAUCAUUAAGUUUGAACAGUUAUUCAUGAUUUUAAGAUUAUUUUUACCUCUAGUUGUUUUUUUAAAUAAGAUACUAUCUGAACUAUUGGACAGAGUACAUGUGGCAAUCAAAAUGUCCUGCUGUACAUUUGUGUAUCAAACAAUCAAAUCAAUACUGUUUUGACAUUAAGUCCCAAAAUUAUAUUUAUUAUUUCCCUUGUAUUUAUAUGUACUUCUAAUAGGAACAAAGCAUUUUUAUUUCAUCAUUAUAGACAAUAUUAAGAAAUGACUCAAAAUGGGACACAUCUUUCAUCCAUUGUCAGGGCCAGUAAAAGAAAAAAGAAAAACCCAGGAGUUAUAGCACUUUGGUCAGUGCCAGUCUCAGUAUGCAAGAAUAAUUAUGUUUAUUAGCAUCUAACUAUGAAGAACACAAAUAAGUUAAAUUGUCACUAAAGUUCUGCAUGUACAUGGUUUUAUAUGGUAUCAUAAUAAAUGAAGUGAGACAAGACAUAAAGUAGAAAUUAUUUGCUAUAUAUUAUAUUUGGUUUCGAUUUAUAUGUAUAAUAUUCUAGUAGUAUAUUUUAUUAACUCAAAACAGAGUGUUCUCCCUGUGAGCUUAUAAGUUCAUUUAUUUCUGCUUUCAGUCUCCUGUUUUUAAGAGAUGCUGAGUGCCAUUGCAUGUAUUUAACUUUAUCAACAUGCAUUGCAUUUUGUCUUGAUCAACAUGCAUUUGAUUAAAAUACAUUGAAUUUUGUCAGUUUGUGUAAAUAGCGGGAACAAUUUUCUGCCAAGUUUCAAAAAUUGCUUUUGAGGCAUUUAAAAAAAAUAAUUUUCAUAGCUCCCUGAGAGUUUUAUAUAUAAAUACAUUACACCUUUAUAGAAAUUCCAAAGUGUUACAGAACCGGUGAUGUAAUUGUAAAUAAAAUUAGCAAUUUG